GUCAAAAUCGAGUAGUCAAAAUAGACAAAUGUCAAUAAAUGAAAUAUAAAUAAAAUUUAUCAAUUCGCGAUGAUACUGGAAAAAUAAUUUCAUGUAUUUAAAUAAUGCAAAUUCUCCUAACAUGUUAAUUCAUCAGUUAAUUACGUUCUAAGAAAAUGUAACAGUUAAACAACAAGAUAGUGUAUUUAAUAAAAAUAUAUUACUAAAUAAAUAUUGUUUAUAUUAACAAUUUAAAAUUCAUAAUAUGUGAUAUCUUAACGGUCAUGUUUAUUAUAGCAAGAUCAUGGAAUUGCUCAUUUCAAAAAAAAUUAUUUUAUCUUUACUUUUGCUAGCGACCAUAUCGCUAUACGUUUCUUUUGUAUUUAAUUCAUGUGUAAUAUCUAGUCUAUCCAAAGCAAUACCUAAAUGGCAAAACCAUCCAGUAAUUGUAAAUGAAAUACCAUUAGUUCAUUAUACAGCAUCUGUUCGAGUAGUGUCACUAAUAGAAGAAAAUGAAACUGACAUAUCUCCAAAAUACAAAUUUUUUAGAGAACAGGGUUUAAGACCAGAGAGACAGUUACCAAGUGCUUUAAUAAUUGGUGUCAAAAAAGGUGGAACUAGAGCUCUUUUAGAAUUCAUCAGAAUUCAUCCAGAUGUACGAGCAGCAGGUAGCGAAGUCCAUUUUUUUGACAAAAACUACAUGCGGGGUUUUCAAUGGUACCGCUCUCAUAUGCCUGCCACCCUAGAAGGUCAACUUACCAUUGAAAAAACCCCAUCUUAUUUUAUAACCAGGGAAGCUCCCCAUAGAGUACAUCUUAUGAAUCCCUCCACUAAGUUACUCAUAGUUGUAAGAGACCCUGUCACCAGGGCUAUAUCUGAUUAUGCUCAAGCUAUCUCCAAGAAAGUUGAUAUGAAGCCAUUUGAACAGCUAGUUUUUGUUAAUGGGUCAAUUGGUAGUAUUGUUGACACUUCAUGGGGACCUAUUAAAUUGGGAAUUUACUCGAGAUAUCUAUCGAGGUGGUUGAAGUUUUUUCCUCUUUCCCAAUUUCUUUUUGUCAGCGGAGAACGUCUAGUUUUAGAUCCAGCAAUAGAAUUAAGACGCGUUCAAGACUUUUUAGGCCUUAAACGAGUCGUAACGGAAAAACAUUUUUAUUUUAAUUCCACCAAAGGUUUUCCCUGCUUGUUUAAAAGCGAGGGCCAUUCGGCGCCCCACUGCUUAGGUAAAACAAAAGGCCGUAGUCAUCCCUAUGUCAAUCCCAUAGUGAUGCAGAGACUGAGAGAUUUCUAUAGACCUUUUAAUAAUCAUUUUUACCAGAUCACUGGGAUUAACUUUGGAUGGGCUUAAAUUAAAGCAGUUUUUGCAGAUACAAAUGUAAGAAAUUUUAUGCCAAAUGAAAAAAAUUAAGUUUAUCAUGGUAAUAACCACAAAAAAAAUCAAUAUUCCAUAAUGAAGUUUUUUUUUUGACACUUCACAAUAAACAAAUAACAGUAUCCAGUUGGUUCCAGAGCUGGCCUGUUAGUUUGAUUUUUAUUUUUAAUUAUAAAUCAAACUCCACAAACACGGGUUGUCUUACUGAAAAGCUUGAUUUGGUAUAAGAUUUUUUGAUGUAUCAAACUGAUUUCUAUAAUAAUUAAAUGCCCUUUAUUGAACUUGUUGAUCUGAUUUUUAUACCAUAAUGUUUAACUAGUCAUUGCUCUUUUUAACGAAAUGUGAUACUUUAAUCCAAUAUUUUUAGUUAUUAUGUCUGUUAUGUUAGGUUGUGAUUAAACAAAUUAAGGCUAUAUUUUUGUUAGAUUAGUUGAGUAAAAUGAUAUUGUAUGUUUUAUUUAUUGUUAGCAACUAAGAAUGUGCAUUUAUUUCUAUGUUGAAUGUUGAAAGUAUACUUUUUGUAGGCAUUUCAAUAAGUUUUAAUGGUUUAUACCUUACUUGUAUUACAUUUUUAGGGCCAAAAAUUUGAUUAACAAUUCCAGUUAUUAGUCCGUAAAUUAAAACUGUAGAGUAUUGUCAGGGUGUGCACAAAAUUGUAUCCGAUACAUGCAUUAAUUUAAAGGAUGAAAAAGGUGUUAGUUCUUAAAAAUGAAAACUUCUUAAGUAGAGUACAAAUUUUGACACAUCCCUGCAUAUAUUGGAAUUAAUUUGGUGAUACCUUUUAUAUCAACCACUUUGUUGUUCACAACUAGUGAUUAGAUGAAAAAAUACUAAGGUCAAUUUAAUAAAAUUAACAAAUGUAUACCUCUAGAAUACAAAGAAUAUACAAGCUUUAAUAUAAUAGUUGUAUACACAAUUUAGGUGUAGGCUA